GAGGCAUCGACCCGCACACCCAUCUGGCCAUGCCCUUCAUGGGGACAGAAUCAUGCGAUGAUUUCUAUUCGGGCCAGGCAGCAGCACUGGCAGGAGGCACCACCUUCCACAUUGACUAUGUGCUGGGAGCCACGCCCGCUUCAGGGGGCGAUCUGCUGCGGAUCCUGGAGGAGUAUGAGGGGAAGGCGAAGGGCAAUGCCGUGAUGGACUAUGGGUUUCACAUGGGUGUCACACGGUGGAGUGAGGAGGUGGCAAGGGACAUGGAGGAGGUCGUGAAGCGAGGCAUCAACUCGUUCAAGUUCUUCAUGGCGUACAAGGGCGCUCUGCAGGUGGACGACCAGCAGCUACUCGAUGGCUUCACUCGCUGCAAGCACCUCGGCGCCAUCCCCCAGGUGCAUGCAGAGAACGGCGAUGCAGUGGUGUGGGGGCAGCAGCACAUAUUCGACCUUGGGAUCACCGGCCCCGAAGGCCACCCCUUGUCCCGCCCUCCUGAGGUGGAGGAGGAGGCGACUGGCAGGGCCAUUCGGCUGGCGAAUGUGGUGGGCGUGCCGCUGUACGUGGUGCAUGUCAUGAGCGCUGGGGCUGCCAGGGAGGUGGCCGAGGCCAGGCGAAGAGGGCAGCGCGUGGUGGGGGAGCCAGUGGUGUCGGGCAUUGCUCUCAACGAUUCCCACCUCUGGUCGCCUGAUUUCAAGCACGCCGCUCAGUUUGUGAUGAGUCCACCCAUCCGCUCAGCAGAGCACGUGGCAGCAGUCAAAGCAGCACUCGCCACUGGCACGCUGCAGCUGGUGGCGACGGACCACUGCCCCUUCAACUCGACUCAGAAGGCCAAGGGGCGCCAUGACUUCCGCCUCAUUCCCAACGGGGUCAAUGGCAUAGAGGAGCGCAUGCACAUAACUUGGGAUGUGAUGGUGAAUUCGGGUCUCAUGUCACCUAGUGAUUAUGUCCGCAUCACAAGCACGGAGUGCGCAAGGAUAUUCAACCUGUACCCGCAGAAGGGCGUGGUGGCGGAGGGAUCAGAUGCUGAUGUGAUCGUGUUGAAUCCGCGAGGCAGCACCACCAUCAGUGCUACCUCUCACCACUCCCGCAUUGACACCAAUGUCUAUGAGGGUUGGCACAUGCAGGGCAAUAUUGAGGUGACGGUGAGCCAGGGCAGGGUGGUGUGGCGACACGGGCGGCUGAACGUCACACGUGGGGCGGGGCGGUUUGUCCCCAUGCGGCCAUUCGGCCCGCUGUUCCACGGCAUGCAGGCGAGGGAUGCCGCCCGCCGGCAUUCAUACCACGCCCCUGCAGACUACUGGAGUGCUCUCUUGUUGCGUGCUGUGCCAUGGGUUACAGACAGUGGAGCUAAGGAGGGCUUGUACCGCAGGACCACUGCCUCUGAGGCUCAUAGGCCACUUUUCCACCAUCGCUGCCAUCUGCUGCUCCCUGCUCUUCCUUCUUCCCUCCCCACUGUCCCUCACCUCUUUGCCCCAGGCCCACUGCCCCAAGCUGGCUUCGACCCACCCCCACUACCCCACGCAGGCCGUGCCCUGGCACCUGCACCCCUGUGCGUCUCCCCCACUCGCCCCACCACACCCACAGCAGGACCACUGCCUCUGAGGCUCGUAGGCCACUUCUCCACCAUCGCUGCCAUCUGCUGCUCCCUGCUCCUCCCCCUCCUCUCGCCACCCCCACUGCCUGUACCACUAGCACUGCCAGCAACAGCAGCAGGCAGGGCGAAGCCACCGCUGCCGCAGCUGCCGCUGGUUCGGAGCAGCAGAGAGCUCUGGGUGCUGUCUGAUGGGCUGCCUGUGCCGCCCAUGCCGCCCGUGCCGCCCGAUCCGCGCAUGGAGUGGGUGUACGCCCUUGGACUGCCGCCCAUGGCCAUGGCAAUGGCGGGCGAGGCGGGCGGCGCUGCUGCUGCCAUGGCCGAUGCCAUGUACCGCGACUCCACGUGGCGCGAUCCCAUUGGUGGAGAGCGAUGA